AUGGAUCUUCCUGCUGUCUCCGCUAUUCCCUCCCUUCCUCAAGAGACUCAGUUACGCGUGCUGGACACGCUCUUCGAGCCAUCUCCAGAACUUCACCAACUGAUGAUCCCAGUCCUUGCCAAUCAAACCUUUUCAUCCUAUGGCACUCUAAUUGAAGCCGUGGGUGGUCGCAUGUCCGCCCUCUCUGCCGUCAACUCCCCCACUGACCGGAAUGUCUUGUUCGGCAUCCUUGGCUCUCACCCUCGCCUCGGUCGGGCCCCCGCCAACCCGGAACAUCUGAGCGAGCUGAGUAAGAAAGAGCAGGAGCAAUUGAACACUGGCGCUGAAGAGCAAGGCGAGAAACUCCGGCAAUUAAAUGCAGAAUAUGAGGAGCGAUUCCCCGGAUUACGAUUUGUUUCUUUUGUCAACGGCCGCAGCAGAGACGUUAUUAUGGUCGAGAUGCGCCAGCGUAUUGAUCGGGGCAACCAAGACAAGGAGAUUGAGGAAACGAUUCAGAACCCGCUGACAGCAGGCUUGAAAGGUUCGGUUACCUCGGACAUCGCGUCGGGAUCAAGCCACAGUCAACAGGAUGGCCAGCGGAAUACUCAUCGUUCGGUGACCAUUGGUGGUCCGUUGGUCAGAAACUCCACUGCGCACACGUUGCAUGAGACCUGGACCGAAUCCAGCGCCAUCGACCCUUUAUCACAGCAUAUCAUCCAGCGCACCAAUACGCAAAAGUCCAUUCCCUUGAAGUUACUGGGUCGGGCAUCGUACGAGGCCGAUGCCGGGGGUUCGGAGCACAACUUGUCAGACCAAAGCGCGGCUCGGGGGGAUACGUCAAACUUAAAACUGCCUAAGAAGAAAGGUGUCUCUUUUCUAAGCCGAAUUAUCGGUAACAAGAAGAAGGAGACGUUAUCUGAAGCGGAAGAUGAUGCCUCAGAAGCAGAGGCCGGCCGCAUGUCCAUCGACACUUCGCAUCCAAUGGGGUUCAUCCCUCGACACCCAGCCCCGUCACGAUAUAUGAAGGUCCGGACUCAUUACAAAAAAGAUAAGACGUUUAAUCGUUUGUUUAUAGCGCAAGAACUGCAGGGCGCGCCUGUGCAGCAGCCUGCUGCAGGAAGACGGGGAUCUACGUCAACAAACGCCAAUGACGAUACCGGACGAGCGAUUUGGGCUCUGAGUUUCUCUAAAGAUGGCAAAUAUCUAGCUGUGGCGGGACAGGAUCGAAAGGUUCGAGUAUGGGCUGUCAUCACUACACCGGAGGAGCGAGAGGAGGCUUCACAAGACGGCGAUACUGCAGAGGGGGAACAGCUGAAGUUCAAGGCACCGGUGUUUUCACCCAAGCCCGUAAACGUCUACGAGGGCCACACUGGGAGCGUUUUAGAUCUAAGCUGGAGCAAAAACAAUUUCCUACUAUCCUCGUCUAUGGACAAAACCGUCCGCCUAUGGCAUGCGAGUCGAACUGAAUGCCUAUGUUGCUUUCAACACAGUGACUUUGUCACCUCUAUCCAAUUUCAUCCCAUGGAUGACCGCUUCUUUUUGGCCGGCUCGUUGGACUGUAAGCUACGACUUUGGAGCAUUCCAGACAAGAGCGUGGCUUUUAUGACGACUGUACCGGAUAUGAUUACCGCGGUGGCGUUCACACCGGAUGGCCGACACUCAAUGGCAGGAUGUCUAAAUGGUCUCCUCAAUAUCUAUGACACCGAGGGUCUCAAGGUAUCGGGUCAGAUCCAUGUUAGAUCGGCGCGUGGAAAAAACUCAAAAGGCAAUAAGAUCACCGGAAUUGAUACUAUGACGGUCCCCGAAAAUGAUCCAGAUGGAGACGUCAAAGUAUUGGUCACUAGCAACGACUCGCGGAUUCGGCUCUAUGAUUUCCGAGAGCGAUCCCUCGAGGCCAAGUUUCGAGGUAACGAAAACACCUGCAGUCAGAUCCGGGCAUCGUUUACCGAUGACGGUAAGCAUGUCAUAUGUGGAAGUGAGGACCGCAAAGCCUACGUAUGGCCAAUUGGGGCCGUUGAACGGGAUUCCGACAAGCGAGCCGUAGAGGUGUUAGAAACGCAACCCGCUAUCGUCACGGUGGCUGUGACGGCACCUAUCAAAACCAAGCAGGUCCUUGGAUUAUCCGAAGACCCGAUCUACGAUAUCUGCAACCCUCCACCCGUCGCUCUCAUGAGCCCCGAUGAAUUUACAGGAAUCUCGAAGCAAACAAGCUCCGACACCAAGACCGAGAACAAGCACACACACAAGCGAUCCGCAUCAGCACCGCGUUUAUCCAUUGUAAAGAAAAUGGCGCACGAAUCUCCUUCGUACCUGGCUCGAUCCAAGCACCCAGACGGAAGCAUCAUAGUUCUCGCCGACUACUCGGGAAAAAUCAAGGUCCUUCGACAAGACUGUGCCUACCAGAAACGUCGUUAUGAGAACUGGGAUCAUUCAGCCAUCUCCCGGCGCAUUCUACGGCGCUCAAACUCCACACACCGCAGCAUUAACUCCGCAAUUAGCAAAGACUCUGCACACAAGACCCCAUCCGAGAGAAUCGUCUCCUGGCGCAAUUCCGUCAUCCGCAAUGGCCGCGCCAGCACCGAAGGAUCCCGCCCCGGUCUCCGCACCCGCAGUCCAUCUCCACAACCCCGACCAGGUGUCAUGCGGCUUUCAUCAUCCCGGCUGUCAAGCCUAGGUCCAAAUGAAUCCCCUUCAGUAUUCGCAACUUCCUCGCCCACCUCACCUCGUCAAUCCCGUCUAGAUCAUAGCCAAAUGGUCCAAGACGCCAACGAACAAAACGGCCAUACACAAGAGUCGCGCAAACUACCCGUUUCAUCUGCCGAUAUGGUUGCGAGCGGUAGAAGCAAGGAGAAUCCUCUCUGGUUACAAGGCGAUCACAGUUAUGCAUACUGGAGCAACAUCACGCACGAUGCGAUGGCUGCUAAAGCCCGCCAGGCGAAAGAUUUCCUCAGUCCCAAUCGCGUUCCCUCGGGAGGUGAGCGAAAACUGAGCAUAGCUGGAAGUGUGCUCAGCAGUGAAUAUGCAUCCUCCACGGGCGAAGGCGAUGAGGAUAUUCUGAAAUGCGAUUAUUGCCGUGGCACCAACUUCCGUGGGGUCAAGGAUCGGGGUGGGAAACAGAAGUUGAUCUGCGUUCAAUGCAAUCGGUCUGUUUCUUGA